CAAAAGGCUUGUUCUUGCAGUUUAACACAGAUAUGCGAUGUCUUGCUUUGACUGGUCUGCUGAUCGCUCUUACACAGAUAAGAACAAGCAUCAGUCAAAACUUCUACGGUAUUCGGUUCAGAAAUAACUACAGACUCUACGAAUAUCUCACGUACGUCGACCACAAUACCGAGAAUGUCUACUGCCACGUGCGGGGCGUCUACAUGCCCCGAAACAUGCCCAUGUCUUUCCCACGUGCAAACGUCAUCAUAGACAGACCUCCUUUGUGGAGCAAGGUGCCGGCUGGCACUGCUGUCCUGGCGCCACUAGGGACUGACAAAAGUGCGCAGAUCCGGUACGCUCCUGUGAAGGUGAUUGAGCAGAAGGAGAAUGACCAGCUUCUUGUGCAGCCAGUGUGCUAUAUGGACGCUAUUCCUGUUGGUGUGGAGGAUGGGUAUGUCCACGAGUUCAUUCCAGACGAGUAUCUUACGGCAUCAUCUGUGCGUGGUAGCACCCUCACCGCACACAUGGGUCGCCUAUGGCAAACAGACCCGUAUAAGUGGUGUCCGGAUCCUGACGAAGCCGUUCCGUGGCUCCAGGUGGACAUGAUACGCUUGUACUACAUCUGUGUCAUAAGAGUCACGGGCUACACAUCAAGUGCCUACGUCACGACCUUCAAGUUAGCUGUGUACCACGGUGGAACCUUUGUAUGGGUGCUGGAAAAUGGAUCUGCAAAGGUGUUUCAAAGGAUUACUGGAGCAGAUGCAUCGGAGCACCUCGUAAAUCUUGUGGAGACGCCAUAUCGCUACGUCAGGUUCCAUCCCGUUACGUCAAAUGGUGCCGCUUGCAUGGGGGUCGAGUUGUACGGAUAUGGAGAACUUAGUGGAAGUGGGCUUUUGUUUCCCUUGAGAGAGAUCCGAAUGACAGGGAGUGUGUGUAAUCUUCAGACAGAUUGUGACAGGAUAGCAGGCGCCGAGUGCGCAAGAGAGCUAGGCAAGCCAGGGACUUAUUCGUGUAGGUGUAAAACAGGUUACACAGGUCCAAGCGAGUUCCAGGUUGGCGAUUCUGCGCAAUGUAUAGAUAUAAAUGAGUGUACAAAUAACCCGUGUGCGAAUGGAGGAAUGUGUGCUAACACCGAAGGCAGCUAUAAAUGCCACUGCCCAGCAUCGUGGACGGGACCCGCAUGUUUCCAAGAUGUGGAUGAGUGUGUGAAUGAUCUCUGUGCCCAUGGUGGCACCUGCACCAAUUACCCCGGGAGCUACAGCUGCGCAUGCGUAACCGGAUGGAAAGGGACACACUGCAGCCAAGAUGCGGAUGAAUGUGCCCUCAAGCCUUGUGCUUAUGGUGGGUCAUGUGUCAACACUAUGGGUAGUUACCAGUGCUUAUGUACGGCGCAGUGGCAGGGUCCUACGUGUACCACUGACGUGAACGAAUGCGCUGCAAGCCCGCCUUGUGUGAAUGGAGGCUCGUGCACGAAUACCGCGGGUGAUUACCAUUGCGCAUGCGUGCAAGGGUGGAUGGGUAAAAACUGCGGACAAGAUUUGAAUGAAUGUCUAAACAAUCCUUGUGUGCAUGGCGGGACUUGCACAAAUACAGCGGGUGAUUACAGAUGCGCGUGCGUACAAGGGUGGACGGGAAAGAACUGCGAUCAAGAUGUGGAUGAAUGUGUUGCAAAUCCGUGUGCUAAUCAAGGUACAUGCUACAAUAAUGACGGUAGCUACACGUGUGCUUGCGUGGCUGGAUGGACUGGACUCAACUGCGACCAAGAUGUAAACGAGUGCGCUACCGAUCCGUGUGAUAACGGAGGAACAUGCGCAAAUACCGACGGUAGCUACACGUGCACUUGCACCGCAGCGUGGACUGGACCAACUUGUAAACAAGAUGUGAACGAAUGCCUCAACAAUCCUUGUGUGUAUGGCGGGACUUGCACUAAUACAGUGGGUGAUUACAGCUGCGCAUGCGUGCAAGGGUGGACGGGAAAGGACUGCGACCAAGAUUUGAAUGAAUGUCUAAACAAUCCUUGUGCGCAUGGCGGGACUUGCAAUAAUACAGCGGGUGAUUACAGAUGCGCGUGCGUACAAGGGUGGACGGGAAAGAACUGCGAUCAAGAUGUGGAUGAAUGUGUUGCAAAUCCAUGUGCUAAUCAAGGUACAUGCUACAAUAAUGACGGUAGCUACACGUGUGCUUGCGUGGCUGGACGGACUGGACUCAACUGCGACCAAGAUGUAAACGAGUGCGCUACCGAUCCGUGUGAUAACGGAGGAACAUGCGCAAAUACCGACGGUAGCUACACGUGCACUUGCACCGCAGCGUGGACUGGACCAACUUGUAAACAAGAUGUGAACGAAUGCCUCAACAAUCCUUGUGUGUAUGGCGGGACUUGCACUAAUACAGUGGGUGAUUACAGCUGCGCAUGCGUGCAAGGGUGGACGGGAAAGGACUGCGACCAAGAUGUGGAUGAAUGUAUAAAAAAUCCUUGCGCUAAUAACGCUGACUGCUUCAAUACGGCUGGAAGUUUUACUUGCGGUUGUGCGCCUGGUUGGACAGGGCCAAGUUGCGACAUGGACAUCAACGAAUGCUACAAUAAUCCGUGUGCUAAUCAAGGUACAUGCUACAAUAAUGACGGUAGCUACACGUGUGCUUGCGUGGCUGGAUGGACUGGACUCAACUGCGACCAAGAUGUAAACGAGUGCGCUACCGAUCCGUGUGAUAACAGAGGAACAUGUGCAAAUACCGACGGUAGCUACACGUGCACUUGCACCGCAGCGUGGACUGGACCAACUUGUAAACAAGAUGUGAACGAAUGCCUCAACAAUCCUUGUGCGCAUGGCGGGUCUUGCACUAAUGCAGCGGGUGAUUACAGCUGCGCAUGCAUACAAGGGUGGACAGGAAAAAAUUGCGAUCAAGAUGCGGAUGAAUGUGCCCUCAAGCCUUGUGCUUAUGGUGGGUCAUGUGUCAACACUAUGGGUAGUUACCAGUGCUUAUGUACGGCGCAGUGGCAGGGUCCUACGUGUACCAGCGAUGUGAACGAAUGCCUCAACAAUCCUUGUGUGCAUGGCGGGACUUGCACUAAUACAGCGGGUAAUUACAGCUGCGCAUGCGUACAAGAGUGGAUGGGUAAAAACUGCGACCAAGAUGUGGAUGAAUGUGUUACAAAUCCGUGCGCUUAUCAAGGUACUUGCUACAAUAAUAACGGAAGCUACACGUGUGCUUGCGUGGCUGGAUGGACUGGACUCAACUGCGACCAAGACUUAAACGAGUGCGCUACCGAUCCGUGUGAUAACGGAGGAACAUGCGCAAAUACCGACGGUAGCUACACGUGCACUUGCACCGCAGCGUGGACUGGACCAACUUGUAAACAAGACGUCAACGAAUGCCUCAGGAAUCCAUGUGCGAACGGGGGCACGUGUUCAAAUGUUAUUGGUGGUUUCGGGUGCAGUUGCUCUGUUGGAUGGGAAGGACACACUUGUGCUAAAGACGUCGAUGAGUGCCUUGAUUCCCCGUGUCAGCACUCAGCAAGCUGCACCAACACCCAGGGGAGCUACACUUGUACCUGUGUCAGCCAGUGGACUGGACCCACGUGUAACCAAGAUGUUGACGAAUGCGUGGAUAAACCUUGCAAUAAUGGAACUUGUGAGAACACACUUGGUGACUUUAGAUGUGAUUGUCCUGAAGGCUUCGGCGGGAAAACGUGUAAUGGAGACAUCGAUGAAUGCCUGUUGGAGGUUUGUCAUAACGGAGGCACAUGUACCAAUAAAAUGGAUGGCUAUCUUUGCACGUGUGGAGAAGGCUGGCAAGGCCAUGAUUGUACUCUGGAUAUCGAUGAGUGCAGCACUAGCCCUUGUGCACACAACGGCACGUGCUAUAAUAGCAUGGGAUCAUAUGCGUGUGCCUGUCUUGAUGGAUGGACCGGGUACGGCUGUGAACGAGAUUUAGACGAAUGUAAAACAAACGGUCCAUGUGCAAACGGUGGGAUUUGCACAAACACAGACGGCGGUUACAACUGCACAUGUACUCCCCAGUGGCAAGGUUCUACAUGUGACCAAGAUGUUGACGAAUGUCUAAGUUCGCCUUGCGGUAACGGAGCUACAUGCAUUAACAGUAAAGGAAGUUACACAUGUGUGUGUCCCAUCCAUUGGCAUGGGCCUCAUUGCACUCAAGACGUGAACGAGUGUGAAGUAGAGCCAUGUGCGCAUGGUGGAACGUGCAGCAAUAAUGAUGGCGGAUUCACAUGCGCCUGCACACCUGGAUGGUCCGGAAAACAUUGUGAAAUAGACGUGGAUGAGUGCUUAGGAGGAACGCCCUGUGCUCACGGCGGUACGUGCAUCAAUGAAGGAGGUGGCUUCCGAUGUACAUGCACGUCUCAGUGGUAUGGUCUUACGUGCGAAGAAGAAGCAACCAAAACAGAGUCAAAACCAACUACAGAAACAUUUGUCACCGUUUUGGAUAAAAUCUGUUACGCCUUAUUCCCGAUUCUGCUCGUCACUACUAUUGCGGCAGCCAUACGUCUCUUAAAGCGGAACAAAUCACUGUUCGGCGGAUCCAGAGGAAAGCAACAACAGAUACACAAACAUGCUACAAGUUUCAAAGAAAUACAUUCAAGCCUUUCUAUCAGUGUAAUUCCCCCCAAGCAAAGAAGAAAUAAAGAUCAGGCAUCAGUAGAUGAGAAGGGACAGAAGGGAGACAUUGGUAUAUCGAAAACGAAAGAGAAAGAAGUUUUCCACGACGAUUAUUCAACCCACGCGUCUCAAGAUUAUAUAAGCACACAAGAACACUCUGCAAAUCAAGCAACGCAGCCAGCCACCAAUCGAACCUCGGCAGCUACAUCAUCACCUAAGAGUAAGCGGUCAUCGGCAGCUACAUCGUCACCUAAGAGUGAGCGGUCAUCGGCAGCUACAUCAUCAUCCACGGGCAAGCGGUCAUCGGCAGCUACAUCAUCAUCCACGGGCAAGCUGUCAUCGGCAAAUACAUCAUCUACAACGAUCGAGCAAGCAUCGUUGCCAGACGGGAUGUAUUAUGGUCUCUUUGCACACAUCAACACAGAAACGCUUCCAAAGAAGCCUGGGCGAAUGUCACCAGGUGUGCCAUUACCUAAGGACAGGCGGCCUUCCACCGGUACGCCAUCAUCCAUGGUCAUGAGAGAAAAAUCAGCAACGAAAACGUCAUCAGCCUCUGAUCCUGAACAGCCGUCCAGACGACGAGAGCACGACGAAACAAGGCAGCGAGUAGAGGUAGAGGAGUUCUCCCAUGAUACUUAUACAACUCAGCGUCGUUGGCCUAUGGUUCGAGGAUCUCAAGAUUACUCACGAUAUCGACAACAUUAUCAUAAAACAAAAAAGAGAUAAGAAAAUCAGAAUCAUUAGGCGUUUCUUCAUAAAAAAAAACAGAAGCCACGGGCAAGCGGACAUCGGCAGCUACAUCAUCACCCACGGGCAAGCGGACAUCGGCAGCUACAUCAUCACCCACGGGCAAGCGGACAUCGGCAGCUACAUCAUCACCCACGGGCAAGCGGACAUCGGUAACUACAUCAUCACCCACGGGCAAGCGAACAUCGGUAACUACAUCAUCACCCACGGGCAAGCGGACAUCGGUAACUACAUCAUCACCCACGGGCAAGCGGACAUCGGUAACUACAUCAUCACUCACGGGCAAGCGGACAUCGGCAGCUACAUCAUCACCCACGGGCAAGCGGUUAUCGGCAGCUACAUCAUCACCCACGGGCAAGCGGACAUCGGUAACUACAUCAUCACCCACGGGCAAGCGGACAUCGGUAACUACAUCAUCACCCACGGGCAAGCGGACAUCGGUAACUACAUCAUCACCCACGGGCAAGCGGACAUCGGUAACUACAUCAUCACUCACGGGCAAGCGGACAUCGGUAACUACAUCAUCACCCACGGACAAGCGGACAUCGGUAACUACAUCAUCACCCACGGGCAAGCGGACACCGUGUCGCGCUUUUUGUUUUGAAAAACAUGGAGCAACAGGCACGUUGAAUUUUCUGUAGCAUAUAUUUAAGAUAAUUUUUAAAAACUACCUUGAACAACCAUGCACUGGUAAACAAUUGUUUACUUGUUGUCUAAUUUCUCUGUGCGUCCAGGGCUGUAACUAGAAUCUUCUUUAUUAUGGUUUAUAAAGACAGUUAUAAAGAAGUAUUAAAUGCAUCUGUCAUAAGGCUUAA